UAAGCCAUUGCAGAAUGGAUGAGAGGCUGAGGGUGGCAGCACAAAAUGGAGAUACGGUCAGCUUAUAUCAAUUAAUUUCGCAGGAUCCUUUCGUUCUAGAGCGUAUUGAUGCGGUACCAUUUGAAGACACUCCUUUACACAUAGCUGCGUCUGCUGGGAGAACCCAUUUUGCGAUGGAAAUUGCAAGUUUAAAGCCAUCAUUUGGCACUAAGCUUAACCGAGAACUGCUGAGCCCCCUGCACCUGGCUUUGCGAAAUGGGCAAAAUGAGACUGUGAGAGCGCUCACAGCAAUAAAUCCCGAGCUUAUUCGCGUCAAAGGAUUGGAGAGAGUUUCUCCCCUGCAUUAUGUGGCUUCCACCGAAAACACCAACAUUUUGGCUGAAUUCCUCUUUGCUUGCCCAGAGGCCAUCAAGGAUCUGACUAUUCAUCGUGAGACUGCUCUGCACAUUGCUGUGAGAACUCGCAAGAUUGGCACUUUUAGGGUGCUGCAUGGAUGGAUCAAAUGGACCAACAGAGAACAGAUCCUAGACUGGAAGGACGAAGAAGGCAACACAGUGCUGCAUAUUGCUGCAUACACUAACCAACCUGAGGCAUGCUGUCAUCCAUUUUAUUCACCUCCUUUUAUGGAUAUAUACAUGAAUUUUUCUAAUUAUUUGUUGUGUUUGUUCGUUACAUAUGCACAGGUUGUGAAGUUGCUUCUUUAUCAAGGGAGCCUUUUCAGUAGUUUAAUGGACUUGAAUGCCAAGAAUUUGGAUGGUCUGACGGCGCUGGACAUCGCUUUGUUACAUGCAAGUGAAUUGGACAACAGAGUAACACAGAUGCUACGCCGUGGUGGGGCUGUAAAAGCUUCUUUGCUUUGUGGAUCUGAAACGCUUGCAGAUUUCCUAAGCGUCAAAUUUUUAUUUCAUGAGACAUGGGUUCGGUCCUUUUGUUGUGCACAAGCAAGUUUGUGCAACAAAAGCCGUGAUUUGAUAAUCGUUGUAGCCGUACUAAUUGCAACGGCAACCUUCCAAGCUGCAGUUAGCCUUCCUGGUGGAAUUUUUGCCGGUGUUGACAAUACACCUACUACUAGCGCCGGCACGAACACAACCCAGAAUGUUUACAAAUCAUUAAAAUACGGUGCUGAAUAUAUCCUUGUAGAUUUCUUUACAUUUGCAAGCUCUACUGCGUUUUCCGUGUCAAUUGGAGUGAUUUAUCUGACUGUAAAACGUCACCCUUUUAGUCUGAUGUUGCCGGCAUCUCUAGUGUUGUUGUUCGUUAGCUAUUGUGCAUCUGCGGUUCUCGUACUGCCGGAUGAUGGAUUCCUUACCUACUUCAUCUUUCCAUUCCAAAUCCUUCUCCUAGGAGGGAUUUUGUUUUUCGGAGGAAGGGUGAGUAGAACUAGACGCAUUCUGCGCAAGUUAGUCCCGCUUCAUACUGAAAUUGAAUGA